AUGGAGCCCGGCAAGCCUGCUAGCGGCAAUGCGUCCGCGUCACCCGGCACUUACGUCGACAACGUGAUGUCAGACAUUGAGAACCUGAACCGUUUUGCCGGUGCGUCAUUGGUUAACGACCGCAAGACGAUGAUGGAGUGUUUCAACCGUUUUUCGUGGCGCGAUGCGCGCGUGCUGUCGCACAUGGAACGCUACUGCGCCGCCGACCACGCGGAACGGCAACUGAUCGACGAUGUCUACCGCGUGCUCUGCCCGUCGUUUGAUCGCGUUCAGGGCCCCUCGUUCGCGGCAAUGAGCUUAUGGCUAAAGGCGCGCCUGCAUUUGCAACACCAGACGAGCCCGUUCAGCCCAGUGCGGCAUUAG